UACCAAUCUCUGUCAAUGGAAAUUAUUUACCAAAAUGAACGAAAUGUUGUGACUGUUGAAGGGCUCUUAAGUAUGUUUCCUUGCCAUUCCUUAAUCUGAGCUUUCUGCAGCUAAAUAAAACCCUUCAAAUCAAACUUCCCUAUGCUCCACCUCAGAAACAGGAAAAUGUUUGGGCGUUUCCCUGUGCUUUUUCAUCAUUAGGAAGACGCUGUGCACCAGCCUUCUGGCUUCUAGGAUGAUUCAGAUGUUUCAGAGUUUACUGGCUACUUGGGGAUCUCUGUGUUCAGACCUUAAAAAGUAACUUCAAAUAUGCAUGUCUUGGUAUGCUUAUAAUAAUGUUUAGUAUAGUAAAUGUAAAAUUGUACUUUAUUCAUACAAAAAUUACAAAUUUACUGAGAUUAUUCUUGAACAUUUUUAAAAGUUACAAUAUUACAAGUAAACCAAGAUCUGUGUAAUAACACUUUAGGAAUAUAAAGGCUGAUUUAUGUUUCUAAAGCCACCCUUCUCAGCAUGUUGGUGUUUGGAUAUUUUGGUCCACACUGUCCAGCAUUCCUGGCCCUUGGCUGUGCUGCUUAAGGCUGAUGGCAGCGGAAAUUCGAAUUACCUGGUGGGCACCAGAUUGUGGAAGAACAUCCAAAAGCAACAGCCUGGCUUUAGAUCUGUAGAUCUUAAGUGUUUUCUCAUUUUUCCGCAAAUUUUUGUGUCCCCUCCAAAAAAAGAGUGUUUUUUUUUCCUUUUUACAUGGCUUCAAAAUGUCCAAGCAUUUUACAUCUGCCUUCCCUGUUUAGCAGUCGCUUUGCAGGAUGCUGAAUUUUAAAUUUGUUUUGGCUGUAAUGGAUAGGCCUUUAUAAAAAUACUCAUUAAGUGGCAGCUAAUGCGGGUUUUCCAUCCAAUGUUGGCGAGGAACCUCAGUUCGAUCUCUGAGUGCAGCAGGGUUUGAGACUAUGUGGAGGUAAUGCCCAGAUCGCAGGCAGCAUCUUGUGGUCUUGAGGAGGAGGCCGCUUCUGCACCCUUUGCCCCAUUACAUCCCAUAUGCCUGGUGACAGGUUCCUCUGGUGUGGAAUUCCUGAAGCUGAGCGCACACAGCCCUUUUGCGUCUGACUUUGGGUGAGGCGAAGGCAGAGCUUCCUGGCGCACUUUGCCAGCCGGGUGUUUGGAUGGCAGGGAGACGCGAGGCAAAUAAGGGGAAAGGAAUUGGCAUGUUUUUGCUUGUAUGUGGGAGCUGGAGAAUGUCAUACCUGACUGAGCGGGGAAGGCACAUGGAGUGGGAGAGACUGAAAUUGGUAAUUGGUUUCCAGUUUGGAAGCAAUUUUGCCUUUGCAUAAAACCUGAGUGCUGCAUACUGUUCACAGCUAUUUCUGAGGUUGGAGGGAGAGGUUCCCAGAUGCUGGUAUUAAAAGCAGUAGUGGACCAAAGGAGGAAGUGAACACGUGACCUGGACAAGAUUAAGGGUAUUUUCAGAAAACAUCCCAGUAAUAUUAAGAUAGUAGUGACCUGCUUACCUUGGGUAACUGUUGAGAGUUUACUGGACUAAAAUCUUAGCUGGCUCUUUGACCUCCACUACUCUGUGGGCGUGUCCUGGUGGCCACUGUUUAGUAUACUAUUCUUAAUUAAGCUUCCUUACAGUGUUCUGCCAGAGGAUGAGGUAGCAGUGGGUGUGAGCUUGGGUGGACUCCAGGGGAUGGUGGAGGACAGGAGGGCCUGGAGGAAUGUUGUCCACGGGGUCGCGAUGGGUCGGGCACGACUUUGCGACUAAACAACAACAAUGUUCUGAGCUGUUAUAGGUCUUUAUCUUCCUCCCAAUGUUUCCUAGUUUGUGCAUAACUACCCAUGUCAUAACUAAACAAUGUCUGUGUAGAAGUGAGCAAGCCUACUUGACCAUUAGCCUGUUCCCACAUCCCAAAACAACCCAGGAACAACCCUGUUCCUACAUUGUGUUCCACGAUGCCAAAACUCUGAAUAGUUGAGGGAAAGAUAGCCCAGAGUUUUAAUCUGGUAACAAAGUAUGGGAUUAGAUAAAUAUAUAGAGAGGAAUGCAUAAAACUCCAGUUGCUUACAGGAGUAGCUAACAGUUAUUCCACCAGGCUGGAAUGAUUAGUGACUAGAGUGUAUUCUCUUCUGUGUAUUCUGAAUGUUGAAAGGUUGAGAACUGAGGAUUCUGCAGGAAGUUUCUUCUAGUUGUGUGGGUUCAUCGGAUGCGUGCCACAGAGCAUUAGCCAUGCACCUAGGUCUGACUGGCCCCGUGAGCUUUCGUGCCCAUCUUGAGUUCUUUGCUUUAUGUAGGAAAGGCUAAGUUCAUUCACAAUAACUGUUGGCUGUUCCAUCAGGGGGCUCAUAGUCCCCAAUUGUAGAUGUGUCCCAAAUGGGGACCAUUUGUCAUGACCCGAACUCACAUUUAUCCAAUCUGUGUGGGUAAUUGAAGUUGCCUGUUACUUCAAAGCCUUUUCCUCUGGAGGAUGGACAGUCUGUUCUGACAAGCCUUGGACCACCUCAUGGACAUAGUGCAGGCCUGAAGAUGAACAUUUCCUUAUCCCCAGCAGAGCUGCAGCUGCACAUAAGGGCUGUCAAACUCUUCAGUGGUCAUCCAAGCAUUUUAAGGCCUCUCUGCUGUGACCACUGACAAGGCGGACACCAUGUUUUAAGCAGUCUAGAACUUAGUUCAUCCUUAUUUUGCAUCACAUCACCCCUGUGGGGGUUCAGCCCACCCAGGAUGACACUUCCUUGGUGUAUUGGCUCAGCCGGACCAGUUCAGAAAUUCUGACCCUGUGUUAGGAGCUGGUCUCUCGCUCUCACUUGCCUUGUGCCUUCCAAGCACAUCAAGAGGAGAGGCUUCUGGCUACAGGCUGUUACGUUAAAGGCUGGGUUUGUGAUAUUGAAGGAGUAUUCAGAAGUCAUUAGCAAAGGCCAUCCAUCAAGUUAAUAAGGCAGCUAGUUAGAGAAAGUACCUUCUCCCUUUCCAACCAGACAGAAUCAGCUCCAUCUUCAGAGAGGCUCUUGCUGCUUUGGGGCCAGAUAGCAGGAAUGCCAGCCAUUCUUCAUUUGACCAGCACUCUCAUGCUGGCACCAGACAGUGAAAUUUAUUUAAUUGCAUCUCUUCUUCUGGGGUUCUGCUUGUUCAACAGUGUCUCUCCCUGAGCCAGUAGUAAUCUGGUUCCCACCAGCUGCUUGGUUUAUUUCAGAACUUUAUUGGUCUUAGUAUUUCAGCUAAGAAUUCUGACCCUCCCCUUUUCCAGUUCAGAUUUGGAGUCUGAGGUAACCGCCCUGGAAAGUUGUAUUUCAGAAGAAGCAGGCUCCAUCCUCCCCACGCCUUGUGGGUGGUUCAUAGCCAGUUUCGUUGGGGAAAGGAUGCUAUCAGGCACUGCUUUUGCAUCUCCAGUGCCCAGUGUUGCAGCAAAGUGAGAAUAAGCUGGUCAUCUCUUUUGGGAUAUAUUCCAGUACAGGUGGAUAGGGCAGUUCCUGUACCUCGGGGAUCAGCAAUAUAGUGUAUUUCAGGUGGUUUGGACCACAACUCCAUAAUUCCUGCACAGGGUUUCAGAGAGUUGUGGUCCAAAACAUAAGGGGGCAUCAUGUUUCCACUGGUCUCACUCAUUGCGACAACUGUUGUGAUGCAGGGGUAUGGGGUCAACUGCUCAACUUUUGUUCGGUUCAACAGCCUCAGUCCUGAUCCCUGUUGUCCUUCUCCAGAGAGGAUUAUUCCAGCUCCUGGAUGCUUGAAAUGUGCAGAAAAAUUGGAUUAAUGCUAGAGCUUGCAUUGAUUAAGAUCUCCAGAUUUAGUUAUUUAUUUAUUUAUAUCCUGCUUUUUCCUACAAAGGGCUCAAGGCAGCUUACAUCAUUCUCCUCCUCCAUCUUAUCCCCACAACAUGUGUGGUUUCAUUUGUUAGUUUACUGAAAAGUUUGUUUUCCGCUAUUGAGUGGGUCAUCAUUCUGUUUUUUCCUCUUCUGUUGCCACGACAUUUUAUGCAAGGGGUUGUUGACUUUUGCCCUGUGGUUCAUAUCCCUAAUCCCCACCUACAUGGAGUCUUUCAUCAUUUGAGCUAAAUAACUUGAGCCCCUUGCUAGUUGUGAACAGCAUUUUCUGUCUACAAAAGUAGCCUUUCCAGUGGCUCUCUGAUCCGCUUUUCCAACACCACAACUUGCCUCAACAGCCCAGAGAGCCCUGGAAGCGUCAACGAACGCGGUCAGUGGCCUAAUGAACAGCUUUUGAUUGCAUCAGGCCCUGGGUGGCAGUGCCUUUAGUAAACUAGGAUAAAUGGCAAUGGCGUUAAGCCCCUUUGCUUGAGCUUCCCAGAUCAUGUCACCCACUUGCUUUACUGGCAUUAACAAGUGCAAAAUGCAACCUGGAGUACGUGAUUUGAUCCAUGUGCGACUGAGACAGUGACUUGCUGUGGACUUGGCAUCUCAGAUAAAAUGAAAGAAAGGCUGUUUCUUGGAACCUCCAGAGCAAAGGGAAUUUUGCUAUUUAAUGGAGGCCUAAACAACAAACUGUGGCCAAACCCCUCUCUCUUUUUCCCCCCUGAAGGAACAAUGGCUUGGUGGCUCCCAAAUCUGUAGGGUGGUGUAGCCACGCCAGGUGUCAGGCUGCUUAACCUGUUUUGGGGAUAGCUUCAGUAAGAGGGAUAGGUAACUCCUUAAAGUCGAGACUGAAAUCCAGAAGAGACCCUUCCCCACUGAUGCGGAAGUCCCCAACCUCCGCUAUUUCUAAGUAAGCAUGUGGAGCCCUGAUCUGGGCUGGGGCCACCAUGUGUGGAUAGGAGAAGUUUAACCCUUCCUGCUCAGCUGUCCCCACAUCUGAUGGUUAGAAAGGGAGUGGAGCCCCUGGUGUCCGUGGUGUGGUAUCGGGAAGCGUGUGUUGUGUUAGACGCAAUGCUGGAGAAAAGGGUGCAGGUUGUACCAGCGGCCAAAAGGGAGACGCCUCUUGGUAAUGAUGCCGCGCAGAGAAGCGCUCCAAGGUACAGGAACCUGCGGGAGGAAUGAAUAUUCUGUCAUGAAGCCAAGGCAUGCGCUAGGUUAGUAUGCAUACGCCAAGGGCAGCCACAUCCUGCUGCACUGCUGGGGUGCGUGACCGCGGGAUGUUUGAUCUUGACUGAGGAUGAUUUUGAGGGUGCUGUGAGGCAGGAACGCUACACGUGGAAGGUAUUUGGGGAUGACAUGUUUGAUGCGUCUGUGAUAUAACAUGGCAGAAGAGCGUUUGCUUAAAGUUUUCAAAGUCAUUGUCAAGCUUUAGUUGACAGAAUUUUAAAGUAGUUACCAACUACAAAAUUAUCCAAGCUACUUUGCAGUUUAUUGACUUCCUGAAGGUCACGGCAUCUAUUACAUGGUGUAACUUCAAAUGGAGCAAACUUGAGACGGCAGAGUUUGUCAUCAUUCAGUCCCCUGCACGGAGAGAGGGUUUCCUGCUGUCAGACUCUGCCCAAGAUGUGUUACUGUUUUGCCCAAGCCAUGUACUUUUCUUACUGCUGUGUGAUAGGUUUUGAAAUCACUGUGUUUCUUGCCUUUCCAGAAUCUGAGAAGAUUGCUGUGAUGCGUGGGCAGUGGUUUAUUGAUGGCACUUGGCAGCCUCUAGACGAAGAAGAAAGCAAUCUGAUAGAGCAAGAGCACCUCCGCUGCUUCAGAGGGCAACAGAUGCAGGAGAACUUUGACAUGGAGGUAUCGAAGCCUGUGGAUGGAAAAGAGGCUAUUCAUAGCCUGAAGCUGAGUCGCAACCACGUGGACUGGCACAGUGUGGACGAAGUGUAUCUUUACAGUGAUGCAACAACCUCAAAAAUUGCGAGAACUGUAAGUCAGAAGCUGGGGUUUUCCAAAGCUUCCAGCAGCGGGACAAGGCUCCACAGAGGCUAUGUGGAAGAAGCCACGCUGGAGGACAAGCCGUCGCCAACCACGCACAUCGUGUUUGUGGUUCACGGCAUCGGGCAGAAAAUGGACCAGGGCAGGAUCAUCAGGAACACUGCCAUGUUGCGGGAAACUGCAAGGAAAAUAGAAGACAAAUACUUUUGCAACCUUGCAACGCAUGUUGAGUUCUUGCCAGUCGAAUGGAGAUCCAAACUUGCACUUGACGGAGACACUGUUGACUCUAUUACUCCAGAUAAAGUCCGUGGUUUAAGGGACAUGCUUAAUAGCAGUGCAAUGGACAUAAUGUAUUACACAAGCCCCCUCUACAGAGACGAGCUGGUGAAAGGCCUUCAGCAGGAGAUGAAUCGUUUGUACACGCUCUUCUGUUCUCGGAAUCCAGAGUUCACGGAAAAAGGUGGGAAAGCCUCCAUCGUGUCCCAUUCCUUAGGAUGUGUCAUCACGUACGAUAUCAUGACCGGAUGGAAUCCAGUCAGGCUUUACGAACAGUUGCUUGAGAAGGAGUAUGACGACCUUCAGGAUACCUGGAUGAGCUUUGAGGAGCAGAGUUUGCUAGAAGAAUUUUAUAUAACCAAGCAGCGAUUGAAGGAGAUAGAAGAGAACUUGCAUGGACUGAAGUCAUCCACCAUAUCUAAGACACCUGCCUUAAAAUUCAAGGUUGAAAAUUUCUUCUGUAUGGGAUCUCCAUUAGCAGUGUUUUUGGCCUUGCGCGGCAUCCGUCCAGGAAACAGUGGAAGUCAAGAUCACAUUCUGCCCAGAACUAUUUGUAACCGGUUGCUAAACAUUUUUCAUCCAACAGAUCCAGUGGCCUACAGACUAGAACCUCUAAUCCUCAAGCACUAUAGCAACAUCUCUCCCGUCCAGAUCCACUGGUACAACACGACAAACCCUCUACCUUACGAGCAUAUGAAGCCAAGUUUCCUCAACCCGGCAAAGGAAUCUACCUCAGUCUCUGAGAGCGAGUCUCUUCCACCAGUUCCCAGCCCGGCAACGUCGCCUGUCAUGGCCCGGCGGCACUAUGGGGAGUCCAUAACGAAUAUAGGCAAAGCAAGUAUAUUGGGAGCGGCCAGCAUUGGAAAAGGUCUCGGAGGGAUGCUCUUCUCGCGGUUUGGACGCUCCAGCACGCCCACCUCGCAGGCACUUGAGCCAGGAAAAGACGGGGCAGGGGCAGACGCAGAAGACAAGAAGGCGGCCCUGAGCCAGGCCUCCAUCGGGAGCCAGCCCUUCCCUCACAGCAGCUCCGGCUUCCUAGACCCAACAUCGGACCUGGAGCACAGGAUCGACUUCGAGCUGAGAGAAGGUCUGGUGGAGAGCAGGUACUGGUCCGCCGUCACGUCGCACACCGCGUACUGGUCAUCCAUGGACAUUGCGCUCUUCCUCCUCACCUUCAUGUAUAAGCAGGACCAAGAGGAGGAGGGCCAAAAGGCGCAUUUUGACUCCGUUUGAUUUUAGCUUGGGGGGGUGGGGGGUGGGAGAAGGGCUGAAACUUGACGAAACGGCACAACACGGCCAAGGUGCAGCAUCUGUUUUAAGGCAUGGUGGUUUCAGGUUCAAGUGCAUGACUAGGACUUCCUCCAUCCUUCCUCCCGAGAUUACUCCGAGGCACAUUCCCAGUUCCAUGCUAACCGAGGCCUGGAGAAGGCUGCCCUCCGCUCCCGGUCCCGGCCCUCCGCAUAUCAGUGGUUGUCCAGCACCCGUGGCGGGUUGACAUCUUUGCUGAUGAAUUGUAAUUGUUCAACCAAGUUCAUUGUUUUAAGAGCAAGGAUUAGUCUGCUAAGAAGUCCAUCUCCAUUUAAGAAAAACAGCCUUGCUCUGUAUACUUUGCAUUGCUCCAUAAGAAGCAACUGGCCGUCAUUGUUCUCCUAUGAAAUUUGCAGUUCUUGAUCCCAUUCAAGUUCCCUUAGAAUGGCAGGCACUCCAAGGGUGGGCUAACACAACUCCUCCAACUACUAAAACUGGCAAACAGGUAUGAGGCGACUCUUUUGAAAUACUGUCAUUAUAAUUUAUUAUUACUUCCAACUAACUAUUUUGUUUUACUUCUUUGUGUAAAAACCUUUACUUUUCUACUGUCUGUCUUUUUGUUUUUGGAGCAGGGGGCAUAAUUUAAAGAACCACAUUUAUUUUCUACAGUGUUAAGACUUUAUUCCUCAGAUGACAUAUCUUUGUACUCUUCCGAUGGAGCUACGGACACUGUGCACACUUUUCAGUAUUUUUUCAUUAAAGAUAACCUUUGUGGUAUCACACAAACAA